UUUUUUUUUUCUUUUUUUUCUUUUCUCUGCAAAUCCUCCAUUCUCUCCUCUCUCUCUCUCUCCAAAUGAUCUGAUGCAUUCGUCAAAACCUCUUCCGCCAUUUGUGAAUCUACCAUAGCUCCGUCUUUCUCUCUCUCUCUCUCUCUCCCUCUGAAAUGGACAGUCUCCCCGAAGAUUCUCCCGAGACGUCCCAACCAGCCUCCGUCUUUAACGACGACGACCAGCGUCUCUACACUGUCCCCUACAGGUGGUGGAAAGAGGCCAAAGACUCAUGUUUACCGCUUGAUUCAGAUGGGAGGAGAGGGGUUUUGUACACGGGGACACCGGCGACUUCGUACUAUGCGGGGCCGAUGAAGAUAAUAAACAACAUAUUCAACUCGGAUCUCGUGUUCAAUCUGAGGAGAGAGAGUGAUUCUGUGCAGAAUAAUGAGAAUGGUGAAGUUGGGAUCUCGGGUCGGGACUAUGCACUGGUUCCUGGGGAAAUGUGGCUGGAGGCACUUAAAUGGCAUAGUGACUCUAAAGCUGCAUUGAAGAAUGGUAGAAGCUUUUCUGCUGCAGAAGAUGAUAUGGCGGAUGUCUACCCGUUACAACUUAGGCUCUCUGUUUUACGAGAAACGAACUCUCUUGGAGUAAAAAUAAGCAAAAAGGACAAUUCAGUCGAGCGCUUCAGAAGAGCCUGCAAGCUUUUCAAUGUUGAGUCUGAGCAAUUGCGCAUUUGGGAUUUUUCUAGGCGGACAACCCUAUUUUUCUCUAAUGACAAAAAUAAGUUUGCAAAAGACACUCAAUGGCAAUCUGAGCAGGAGAUUCUCCUUGAGUUGCAAGUUUAUGGGUUGUCAGAUUUCAAUAGAAGUAAAGAUAUGAAGAAAGAUGAUAUUACAGGUCUUCUUCAGAAUGGCACUAAGUUCAUGAUGAAUGGUGGCACUGCCAAAUCGAACUGUAGUUUUGUUUGGGGCAAUACACAAGCCUCUUGUGGAGGCCCAGGUGAAUCUGGUUCUUUGGGCUUGACAGGAUUACAAAACCUUGGGAACACAUGUUUCAUGAACAGUGCUCUUCAGUGUUUGGUGCACACACCAAAGCUUGUGGACUACUUUCUUGGAGAUUACAGUGCAGGAAUAAAUCAUGACAACCCAUUAGGCAUGGAUGGAGAGAUUGCUUUAGCAUUUGGAGAUUUGUUGCGGAAGUUAUGGGCACCUGGAGCAACUCCAGUAGCUCCAAGGAUGUUCAAAUCAAAACUUGCCCGGUUUGCUCCUCAAUUCAGUGGCUUUAAUCAACAUGAUUCGCAAGAACUUCUUGCUUUUCUAUUGGAUGGGCUCCAUGAAGAUUUGAAUCGUGUAAAAUGCAAACCUUAUGUAGAAGCCAAGGAUGGGGAUGGCCGGCAGGAUGAAGAAGUAGCCGAUGAAUAUUGGCAGAAUCAUCUUGUUCGCAAUGACUCCAUUAUUGUUGAUGUUUGUCAAGGUCAGUAUAGGUCCACAUUAGUCUGUCCGGUUUGCCGAAAGGUCUCCGUUACGUUUGAUCCGUUCAUGUAUCUUUCAUUACCUCUACCAUCAACAACAAUGCGGACAAUGACUUUGACGGUGAUGAGCACUGAUGGAAAUGCUCCACCAUCUCCAUUUACAGUUGCUGUGCCAAAGCAGGGAAAGUUUGAAGAUCUUACUCAGGCAUUGAGCACUGCAUGUUCAUUAGGGGUUGAUGAGACCCUUUUGGUGACCGAGAUAUACAACAAUCGCAUCAUACGCUAUCUGGGGGAGCCGGGUGAUUCAUUAUCCUUAAUCAGAGAUGAUGACCAACUGGUUGCGUAUCGCUUACCAAAAGAUGCUGAUAAUAUGCCAACGGUUGUAUUUAUGCAUCAGCAUGUGGAAGAGCCUUUUAUCUGCGGGAAGCUGACAUCCAACUGGAAGGCAUUUGGGAUUCCUCUCGUAGCAAGUUCCAAAUUUGUAAAUGGAUCGGAUAUCCGUGAUAUGUAUCUAAAAUUACUCAAAGCAUUUUUAAUUCCCCCUGAAGAUUCUGUAGAUGUUGACGAUGACAUAGAGAGAACUGUAUCUGAAGAACUAACAGAGGUAGAGGAUUCCAUAACACCUGGUUUAGAUGGAGCUGCAGAAGUCGCUAAUGGAAACAAGUUUAGCACAGAUUCUGAUGAUGAUGAUGAUGAUUUGGAGUUUUACAUAACAGAUGAGAAGGGAACAAUCAGGGACUCAAGAAUUGCAAUGAAUGAGCCAGUACCGUCCACGCCUGGGAGGUUGAUUGUGCUGGUGUGUUGGCCAGCUAAAAUGGUUAAGCAAUACAAGACACGCCUUCCUAGCUCAUUACCACAGAUUUUCAAGUUUGAUUUCUUUGCAAAAAGACCUCAAGAAUCUGUUUCUCUAUAUAAAUGCCUGGAAGCUUUCUUGACGGAGGAGCCUCUUGGACCAGAAGACAUGUGGUACUGUCCUGGCUGCAAACAGCAUCGUCAAGCAAGCAAGAAGUUAGAUCUUUGGAGACUGCCUGAGAUUUUUGUUAUUCAUUUAAAGAGGUUCUCAUACAGCAGAUUUUUGAAGAACAAGCUGGAGACCUAUGUUGACUUUCCUGUCCAUGAUCUUGAUUUGUCAACAUACAUUGCUCACAGGAAUAGCACAUCAUGUAAUCGCUAUGUGCUUUAUGCAGUUAGUAAUCACUAUGGAAGCAUGGGAGGGGGUCAUUAUACUGCAUUCAUCCGUCAUGGGGCUGAUCGAUGGUAUGACUUCGAUGACAGCCAUGUUUCGCCAAUCAGCGAAGACAGGAUAAAAACCUCAGCGGCUUAUGUUCUUUUCUAUAGAAGAGUUGCUGAUAGCUAACAUCACUUUAGGGUUAUUAAAGUUGUUGAGGGGUGGCUUCCUUCUUUUUACCAGGGUAGUCUUAGAAGAACAGUACUAAAGGUAUAGCAUUUUUUGAUGCAUCUGCAUUGUCUAGUUUUGAAUCAUAUUAGUUCCCGGUACGGAUGAGAUAGAAAGGAAGAUUUUGAGCAAUGUGUUGUGUUUUCAGUUUUCACAUCUACUUGACCUAAAAUGGCUGCCAAAUUGGUGUCAUGGUCUCUGUAACAAAACCACAACCGAAGAGUUGAGAUUCAAUUUUCAUACGCAAUAGUGUCUUUUACUUCUGGAA